CAACCAAGCAAUCUCCUGCGCAGCCGCGUCCCUAGCAGCGAUCAGAAGCGCAAGCGCGUCAGCCCCCGAGCGCGCCCGUGGUACCCCGCCACGUGACGACACAUGACGCCUAGCGCCGCGGGCGCCAAGCGCCGGCGACGACCAGCCUGGGAGGAGCCUCCCAGCUCCUCGGCGCGCGUGACAAAGUCGCCCAGCGAGCACGGCGGCCGUGCCCGCGUCAGACCCUCACCAUCACUGCCAACAGAGCUCACCUGACUUACCUCCUCGUCCUCUGAACUUCCCCCGCCAACGCCCAGAAACGGCUCCCGCCGGACGCCGCCGACCGAGGACUGGGCCACCCUGCUCCCCGCGCCCUUCCUCACCGCCGUCCACGUCUCCGGCCCGCUGCUGACCUCUGGCGCCGCCCGCCGCCCGCACGCGUCGCGGGGAUCGCCCGGCCGUACAGGAGCCGUUGGGGGCGCGCUCUCCUCCAUCAUCAGACCGCUACUCAUGCUCUGUAGUCGUCGUUGUUCUAACCAGUCGCCGACUGCCUUAUUCAUAUGCCAAAUGCUGGUUCGCAUCGUUCACACAAACAACACAAGGUCCGGAUCUCCUUCUGAACCCCUGUUCAGAAAGAUGGCUUCGCUGUUGCUCAGAUCUGCCGCAGGCCGCGUUCUUGGGCGAUCAAUCCCGCUAGGGCUAGGGUCCUUUCGUCGGAGCCCAGGCCGGUUCCUCUCCGGUGGUGCUGGGAGGAUCGAAUCCCAGUCCCAGCAUUCUUGCUCAAACUACACCCACUCCCCUGAGACCCGUCUUGAGAUAGCAUUGGAGAAGUUUGGCGAGAACUUGCAAAAGGCACAUGAAGCAACUCUAAGUAUGCUAGAACAGGAAAAACGUUUUGAGCGGCAGGAGCAACGACAAAAGGUGUUAUCGUAUUUCUUAGUUCCUGUUGGUGUUGCCUUUCUUAUAUUUGGUCCAGACAAGAAGAAGGAAAAUCUCGAGGAGACCAUUGAAACCUCUACUUAGCGAAAUUUGUGGUGCAUCAAUGCAUCAUCCAUGCGAAGUUUGUGGUGGAGCUGUUUUUCGUACCUUGAGCUAUGUUCUUAUGUAGAGUUAAUAAUUGUGAGCUUACU